GGUCGGAUUUGUUUUUGUGUAACACCCUCACAUGGCUGUCAGAGCUCAGACGUCUCAGCUGAACUCAGAGUAGCUGUAGUCUCUUUUCUCUUUUCUCUGUAGUGUUGCGCUUCAGCAGACACUUUGAUGUGAUGUGAUGUCAGAUAAGCGUCAGCGUGCCAGAGUCCAGGGCUCCUGGGCCAAACCACUGCCAAAACCCUCUGGACCAACAGGUCCAGCCCCAAACAACCAACAACCCAAAAAUGUUAACCCAGCCCCUAGUUCUUGGGGAUGUGGGCCACAGAAAACACCUGCGGCAUUUGAGUUUCACCAGCCCACCAAGACAGUUAGAGAUGUUCCACCAGAGAAGACGAUCGAGCAGGCAGGUGAUCAUGAGAUCAGCCAUGGACCAUCAGGAGUGUCCAGACUGCGGCUGCUGGCUGGAUUUCUCUCCCCAGAAGAGGCCGACUGGAUGUUCAGUAAGCUGCUAACAGAGCUUCCCUGGUCCCAGAAGACCAACUACAGACAGGGUGAGGCGUACGAGGAGCCCAGGCUGACUUGCUGGUUUGGAGAGUUGCCCUAUACAUAUGCUCGCUCCACCAUGGCUGCCAACGCAGAGUGGCAUCCAUUGCUGUUAACCCUUCGCGAGGCAGUGGAGCAGGCGAGCGGAUGCAGCUUCAACUCACUGCUGUGUAACCUGUAUCGCGACGGCAAAGACAGCAUCGGCUGGCACAGUGACGAUGAGGCCUCCCUGGGUAACAAGCCCAUCAUCGCCUCCAUCAGUCUGGGCGACACAAGAGUGUUCAGCCUCCGCAAGCAGCCUCCACCGGAGGAGAAUGGGGACUACACUUAUGUGGAGCGGAUUCGGGUUCCUCUGAGUCACGGGACGCUUUUGGUGAUGGACGGAGCAACACAAGACGAUUGGCAGCAUCAAGUGGCUAAAGAGUACCAUGACCGAGGCCCACGCAUCAACUUGACCUUCAGAACGAUGCACCCAGAGCCGGAGGGCUACCGGCCGGGGACCAAGCUGCGAUUCACGUCCAACUGACCGUAAACUCCCCUCAGAGUCAGGUACUUAAGGCUGAGGAAACUAGUGGUUCUGCACCUCAAACAUGGAUCCACACAAUGAUAGAUCUGAUGGUUAGAGUGUGAACAAGACUGAAGCUAAUGACUGAUGGAGAGAUUUUGUAGUGAACGUCGUCGUCCUUCUCAGUGAGCUUGCAAGCAAUUUCAGCUAUUUGAAACAAGUCUUGUAAACACAUCAGGCCACAGUAUGAAUAACGGUCUCCUUCAUAUUAAACAAGGAGAUUUGCAGGUCUGUGAUUGUGGUGAUUAUCAGAUAUCAGUGUUUUCGGAGAAGCUAACCAGAAGAACUGGUGAUAAUGAAGGUUUAAAGGCUGGAUAAAAUGUCUGCUCUGCAUAUUACUUUGACUUGUUUGUUCAGCACAGAGAGUUGUUUCUGUUCAUUUCAGUUAAUAAUUUGAUACAGUCUUUGGUUAGUAUGCCAAACUUUCAUUUCCUACCCAAACAACAUGUCAUGAAAGGUGUUUUUAUGAAAGACAGUGCCCCAUUGACUGCCCAGCGAGUCACUGUUGACGUGCCUUGUUUAUCUUUGGGAGCUUUUUUGGAGAUAAAAAGGGAAGAAACAAGUAAAGUGGCCACUUACAGGCCAAUUACAGCUCCAUCAGGUCUGGAAUUAGUUAAUUUGUUCUGUUGAAUAAGAUUUGUCUGAUCAGUCCCUCAAAGAGGUAGUCCAGGUUUUUUAAAGCUGCUAAUAUAACUUGAAAAAAGUUCAUCUGAGGCGAACUUACACAAGUGUUUUGAGAUAAGAUGGAUAGCAUGUGCACAGUUUAACUUUCGUGUUUACAAAAACAGUCAACAUAGUUGCAUUUUCAAUAUGCUGUGUAUGAAAUUUGAAGCUUGAAGAACUUGAAUUAAAACGUAAAGUGUUUAGUAUCAAAUUCAUGAUUUUCGAAAUUCCUAUAGUUUUAAGGUAACGGCAUUUUGGUUUCUGCAUAUACCUCCCUGCAUAAGUUCCAUGUUUAUUCUCUUCAACAUGACAUCAGUGUAUCAGAUAGGUCAUCAAUACUUGUGCUAUUGUCAUUUUGGCAGAUUACCAGAGCUACUUUUUAUGGAAAAAAAACACUUUGGGUGCUAUUCCAACAUGGUUGACAUCUAAAAAGCGUGAAAUGAGGAAAGUACAUGUCUUAACGGGGGAUACACACUACUUUAACGGCCCAUGUGAUGGGAUAUUCUGUUUAUUUUGUUAUGUUAAAGAGAUGCAAGAGGUGUUCUUGAUUGCUGUGGUUCUGAAAUAAAUAAUUACUUCUCUGAA